AUGUCUGCACCUGCCUCACCUCGCCAGCUAGAAUCAUACACGGCCCCGAAGGAAAUACUAGAUGAAUUUAAUCAGAUCAUCGAGGAAGAGGGCUUCGACCCCUUCGCUGAAACCGCCAAUAAGCGACAGAUUGCCUCACGGCAGAGCGAAUAUCACAAGAGGCGCUUUGCCAUUGAUAGAGAAGUUGGCGUGAGCAAGGACGCCUUCGCUCAGGAUGCUGAUGCCACUGCAGGACACAGUUACGCAGAAGCGAUGCGGGUGGCCCGAGUGGAAAAGGAAGAGCAAAGAGUCCGUCGAGCCAUUGAAGAGAAGGUUCGCCAGGAGAGGGAGGAAGGGAAAGAGAAAAUGGAUCUUGACAAAACACCCCCCCGUGAGGAUCUCGAAGCAGCUGCUUCACUCGUGAAUACUUCCUCCGGCAACGGAAGUCGCAGAAAACGUCGCUGGGAUGUUGUGGAGUCCGGAUCGAUUUCCGUUGCUGAAACGAAGGAGUGGUCCAAUGAGGUGUUGGAAGAAUCCCUCCCGAAAAAAAGAUCACGAUGGGAUGCUACGCCUGCCCAUGUCUUGUCCGCAACGACAGAGGAAACGCCUAAACGUUCGCGCUGGGACCAGACACCUGUUGUCUCUAAUCAAGUUUCUAGCAUCCUUGCGACUCCCCUUGGCUUAGGUGGAAUACCCUCCUUACCCAUGGGCGGUGCUUUCCCAUCUGCAGAUGACAAGCAUAAUCGCUACCUGACCGACGAAGAAUUGGACGCGCUACUCCCAUCAUCCGGCUAUACCAUAGUAACCCCACCUGAAGGCUACGCUCUUCAGCAUCCAUCACGGAAAUUGGCGACUGGAACACUUCCUGUGUCAGGGUUCCAAAUUCAAGAUGACUCCGAUGCAGCGGCAACCAUUGCCGCUUCUGGCCUGGCUCCGGAGGUACCAACCGAAAUCCCCGGCGUUGGUGCCCUGGCUUUUUUCAAGCCAGAAGACAAGCAGUAUUUUGAGAAAAUCUUGAAGGAAGAGGAUGAGUCGGAGCUUUCUGUGGAUGAGUUGAAAGAACGCAAGAUUAUGCGUUUACUGCUGAAGAUUAAGAAUGGAACGCCUCCGGUGCGUAAAACUGCACUCCGGCAGAUCACAGACAAGGCCCGAGAAUUUGGAGCAGGUCCACUUUUCGAUAAAAUUUUGCCGUUACUCAUGGAACGGACUUUGGAAGACCAAGAACGCCACCUUCUUGUCAAGGUGAUUGAUCGUGUGCUUUACAAGCUGGACGAUCUAGUUCGACCGUAUGUCCAUAAAAUCCUCGUCGUAAUUGAGCCGUUGCUCAUUGACGAAGAUUAUUACGCGCGCGUCGAAGGCCGUGAGAUCAUUUCCAACCUAUCGAAAGCAGCCGGUCUUGCGCAUAUGAUCUCGACCAUGCGCCCAGAUAUCGAUCAUGUUGACGAGUAUGUUCGCAAUACCACUGCCAGAGCCUUCUCAGUCGUUGCCUCCGCUCUCGGCAUCCCUUCUCUCCUCCCUUUCCUGAAGGCUGUUUGUCGCAGCAAAAAAUCAUGGCAGGCCCGUCACACUGGCAUCCGUAUUGUGCAGCAAAUCGCUAUCAUGAUGGGAUGCGCUGUUCUACCACACCUUAGAAACCUUGUCGAUGCGAUUGCUCAUGGCCUUACCGAUGAACAACAGAAGGUUCGCACCAUGACAGCCUUGGGCUUAGCAGCUCUGGCUGAAGCCGCUGCCCCUUAUGGAAUAGAGUCCUUUGAUUCCGUUCUACGUCCCCUGUGGAUCGGAAUUAGGCAGCAUCGCGGUAAAGGUCUUGCUGCCUUCCUCAAAGCAAUCGGAUUCAUCAUACCGCUUAUGGACCCCGAAUAUGCGAGCUAUUAUACCAAAGAAGUGACAGUCAUUCUGAUUCGGGAGUUUCAGAGUUCGGAUGAGGAGAUGAAGAAGAUAGUGCUCAAGGUGGUAAAGCAGUGUGCUGCAACUGAAGGAGUCACUCCUGUAUACAUUAAAGAGGAUAUUUUGCCUGAAUUCUUUAAGGCUUUUUGGGUUCGACGAAUGGCUUUGGAUAGGAGGAACUAUCGUCAAGUUGUAGAAACCACUGUUGAACUGGCACAAAAAGCCGGAGUUGCCGAGAUUGUGGGUCGAAUAGUCAAUGACCUCAAGGAUGAAGCAGAGCCGUACCGAAAGAUGGUCAUGGAGACGAUUACAAAAGUGGUAAUGUCUUUGGGCGCAUCCGACAUAGACGAACGACUGGAGAUCCGGCUAGUCGACGGUAUCAUCUACGCUUUCCAGGAACAAACAACUGAAGACCAGGUGAUGCUCGAUGGGUUCGGGACGGUUGUAAAUGCUCUGGGGAUACGUGUAAAGCCGUAUCUGACUCAAAUUGUCACUACGAUUCUGUGGCGGCUAAACAACAAAAGUGCGAAAGUGCGACAGCAGGCUGCUGACCUAACUACUCGGCUUGCGGUCGUUAUAAAGCAAUGCGGAGAGGACCAGCUUCUCAGUCGGUUGGGUGUUGUGCUCUUCGAGCAGCUGGGAGAGGAGUAUCCCGACACCCUGGGAAGUAUUAUAGCGGCAGAAGGCGCCAUUGCCAAUGUCGUGGGCAUGACACAAAUGCAGCCUCCCGUUAAAGAUCUUUUGCCUCGCAUGACACCCAUCCUACGGAAUCGUCACGAGAAGGUGCAGGAAGCUUCCAUCAACCUGAUAGGACGCAUAGCUGAUCGUGGCGCCGAAUACGUACCUGCCAGGGAGUGGAUGCGUAUUUGUUUCGAGCUCCUUGAUCUUCUGAAGGCCCACAAGAAGGGUAUACGCCGAGCAGCGGUGAACACAUUCGGUUAUAUUGCAAAAACACUCGGCCCGCAAGAUGUCCUUUCGGUCCUACUUACGAAUCUUCGUGUACAAGAACGUCAGAGUCGCGUCUGCAGCACAGUAGCUAUUGCGAUUGUUGCGGAAACAUGUGGUCCCUUCACGUGUAUCCCUGCAAUUCUUAACGAGUACCGAACGGCGGAACUCAACGUUCGUACUGGUUGCUUGAAAGCACUGUCCUUCGUUUUCGAAUAUGUUGGACCCCAAUCCGCUUUCUACUGUGAUUCAGUCGUCACGAUGCUCGAAGAUGCCCUCACCGACCGUGAUCUUGUCCAUCGGCAGACAGCGAGCACCAUUGUAAAGCAUCUAGCACUAGGGGUUGCAGGUCUGGGCUGUGAGGACUCGAUGACUCAUUUGCUUAACUUGGUGUGGCCAAAUUGCUUCGAGACAUCCCCCCACGUAAUUGGAGCAGUCAUGGAAGCUAUUGAAGCAAUGAGGGUCGCACUUGGUCCUGGGGUGUUACUGAGCUAUGUCCUCCAAGGUUUAUUUCACCCUGCUCGCAAGGUUCGGGAGGUUUAUUGGAGAGUCUACAAUGCUCUGUACCUUGGGGCGGCAGAUGCGUUGGUUCCUUUCUAUCCUGAUUUGGGCGAGUUGAGUGAUGACAAGAAUGUGUACGAUCGAUAUCCUCUUCAAAUGUGGGUUUAG